ACCUAUAUGUGAGUGGUUUCUUCUCAUUUAGCAUAUUUUAUUUGACAUAGUUCCGGUAUUCUUUUAGUACCUAGUGUUAGUCCAGCUUCACUACCCACAACAUCUCAAAGGACAAGAACGACACCGGUUCCAGGUACUAGUGAUACACAUGCGCUGGCAACAACGACUGGAACAACGCUAGAUGAAAUCAGCAACUACACUACUAGUGGUACUACAGCUUCAAUACGCACAACAUCUAAAAAGACAAAGACGACAGCGGCAGUAACUUCACCGUCUGUGGGUUAG